AUGGUAGGGCCUCUGGCACACCUUGGAAGGACCGCAAAUCGGCCACGGUGCAACCGUUCUCACCUCUCCAAUGGAUUGAAAACGAAGAGUUUCGCCGCCAGGAUGGAGAAAACUACAAAGGCUCUUGCUGUCAGAAAGCUCCAGCGGGAAUUGAAGGACGAAAAACAGGCGGAGAAAGACAGGCGGAGGGCAGUUACUUUGGAGCGCCGCAAGGCCGCAGAGGAGAAACGGAGGCUAGAGGAAGACAAGGCAAAGAUGGGCGCACGAAAAGCUGCCAGACUACGUCGAAGACAAGGAAGGACUAAGAAGAUUAACCAUUGA